UACGCCACGUCACUAAUAUACCCGUUGCAUUCUAGAAUUUUUCUGAAUCCAGACAGGCAUCUACUAAUUCUCCAUCUUCCCCCUCAACACACACCUCCUUAUAAAUGCCAUCCCUCCGCCCCUUCUUCCCACUCCACCAAAUUAAAUUACAUAGUCAGCAAAAAUACAUGGAGGACAACAAUAAACCCCACCAAAUCCAUCUCCAGAUCCUUUCUGCCGCGGCCGCCGACGCAGCGCAUGCCGACGCAGCGCACGCCGGAUCAAUUCCGGACAAGACGGCAGCGAAGAAGGCCGUCUCACGUCUCGACGUGCUGACGCGCUUCCACGCCGGGUACUUCCGCAUCAGCCUCGCGCUGUGCGGGCAGGCCCUGCUGUGGAAGACGCUUAGCGAGCCGACCACCGACGCCCGCGCCCUCCGCCCCGUCGUCCGGGCGGUGCCGUCCUUCGCCUUCGCGCUCCUCUGGUCUCUCUCCUUCCUCACCCUCGCCACCCUCUGCGUCCUCUACGCCUUCCGCUGCGCGCUCCGCUUCCGCUGCGUGCGCGCCGAGCUUGCCCACCACGUCGGCAUGAACUACCUCUUCGCCCCCUGGAUCUCCUGGCUGCUCCUCCUGCAGUCUGCGCCCCGCUCUUUCCCCCGCCCCAGCGACGGCUGCUACCAUUUCCUCUGGCUGGCCUUCUCGCUCCCGAUCAUCGCGCUCGACGUGAAAAUCUACGGGCAGUGGUUCACGCAGGGGAAGAAAUUUUUGUCGAUGGUGGCGAACCCGGCGAGCCAGAUCACGGUGAUCGCGAACCUGGUGGGCGCGCGCGCGGCGGCGCAGAUGGGAUGGAGGGAGACCGCCGUGUGCAUGUUCGCGGUCGGCAUGGCGCACUACCUCGUGCUCUUUGUCACGCUCUACCAGCGUUUUCUCGGCAGCAACUCCCUGCCUGCAAUGCUGCGGCCCGUCUUCUUCCUCUUCUUCGCGGCACCGAGCAUGGCCAGCCUCGCCUGGGACGCCAUAUCCUCCACCUUCGACACCUCCUGCAAGAUGUUCUUCUUCCUUUCUCUCUUCCUAUUUGCCUCCGUGGUGUCGAGGCCGGCCCUAUUCAAGAGAUCCAUGAGACGGUUCAGCGUGGCGUGGUGGGCAUACUCUUUCCCUCUCACUGCCCUCGCCCUCGCUGCCACCGAGUAUGCCCAGGAGGUCAAAGGGGAAGUCGCAAAUGCACUCAUGCUCGUGCUCUCCAUUUUAUCGGUCGUUGUCACCCUAGCUCUGAUGGUCUUCACUGCGAUCCGCACCAACGACCUACUGCCGCAAGACGACCCCUUCGCGUGCUUUCCGACGGUACGUCGGCAACCGUGAUCGCCAUUAAUUUGAAGAACUGAUCAGCAGGGAUUGAGAGUAGCUAAUCAGUCAAGCUGCCGAUCGAGUUACAAUUUAAUAGUGUGAAUAACUAUCGUAGCACUUUACCAAUUAAGAUUGCGACGUUAAUUAAUUCGAGUGUAUAAGAGGGGUACGUCACUAAAGUGAUGAUGUUUGAUCUUGUACCUUUGAAUUGUAAAUUCUGGGACAUCUAAUAUGACCAUUCUUUCGUUUUCACUACAAA